AAAGUCAGUACGCUCGAAACUAUCGCAAUGAUCGGACGUGUUUUAAGCAUGAGACAAAUAUUAAUAAUCUUAACGACAGUGACAGUGUCAUGUAUCGUCUUCGGACAAGAAGAUUACUGCAUCACGCCGACUGCAGUCGAUGGCAAGUGCGUACUACUGAACGACUGUGACAAACUUAAAAAUUUAAUUAAAGGUUCUACUUUAGAUCGAGAGAUUCUUAAGCAAUGGCAUUGCGGAUUCGUCGGAGACGAACCUAUGGUUUGUUGCGCAAAUAAAGUGUCUACCACUACCACAACGACAGCAGCUACAGUAACUAUACCACCUGAAAAGAGAUGUGUCACUUUAGAGGGUACUUACGGCUCAUGUGUCAAUUUAGAAUCAUGUCCAAAAAUUGCCAGACGAUUGAAAGAGGCUUCAGAAGAGGAUUUGGAAUAUGUACAGAGAUCCAGGUGUAUUGGAUCAGCGAUGUACAGCGUAUGUUGUGAUGAGCCAAUCGACGGAAUUCACCGAUUAACUACAAAGAAACCAGUAACAGAGCUUUUCAGAUAUUCUACCAACAGCACGUGUUCACUGAAACCAGGACUACCGGAUCCUAAAGAGGAUUGUUGUGGACUAGACAGUUCGAGUGGAAAUAAAAUUAUAUAUGGAGUACCAACUUCAAUAGAUCAGUACCCAUGGUUGGCAAUGAUUGAGUAUACUAGAGAGUAUCUAUGUGGAGGAUCCCUUAUAAGUAGUGAAUACGUAAUUACGGCAGCUCAUUGUCUUCUUACAACAGCAAAAAAAUCAAGAGGAGCGAAAUCUGUUCGGCUUGGUGAAUACAAUACGACAAACAAUGGACCGGAUUGCAUUGAAGUCGAAGGAGAUGGCGUAGAUUGUACAACAGGAGCGAUUUCUAUACCAAUAGCUGAGACAAUAGUUCACCCUGAAUACAACACAGAGAAGAUUGUUGUAGAAGCGAAUGAUAUUGCGUUGAUCAAACUGGAAAAAAUGGCUCCAUACAACGAUUUUAUACGACCUAUAUGCUUGCCAACAUCUGAUGUAACCUUGUCACCGCCAAAACAAGAUAUGCGAUACUACGUAGCUGGAUGGGGAGCUGUAGACGAACGACAUGCGACCAGCGAAAUUAAACUUCAUUCUGAUUUGCUCUACGUAGACCAGACGAGUUGCCGAGAACUGUACAGCCGUAAAGGAAUUUCGAUAGUGUGGAACAAGCAACUGUGCGCUGGAGGCGAAUUCAAUAAGGACUCGUGCAAAGGAGAUUCCGGCGGACCCUUGAUGUUUCAAGCCGAAAAGAAAUACGAACUCACUGGCAUCAUUAGUUUUGGUAUAUUGCAGUGCGGUAACAAGGGAAAACCCAGUGUCUAUACCAAGGUUUACGAUUACAUUCCAUGGAUCAAAAGCGUAGUCAAGCCUUAAGUCAUUUUUUAUAUUAACAAAGGCAUUAUACAAUACACUUUACUCUUUUAAUACUUGAUGAUAAAAUCAAGCUUAAAUCGCUUCAUUUGUUUACCAAUUAUUCAAUAAAAAAUAAUACGACAAAUGAAACAGUCCAAAACUUUCGUUUCGUUUUUGUCAUGAACAUAUUUAUUUAAUAAUUUACGUUUAUUUAAUUUAAUAAAUCAUAACGAGUCAGAGAGCAAACUAUAUACUGCCGAAAACUCUCUGCCUUUACUGUAGAAUAAAGGUAUCUAUGAUAAGCUUAUAAGCGUAUCAACUGCUUAUGAUUUUUCUGACAAAGAUCAUAUAAUUUAUUAAUAUUGGCACUAUUAACGUUAUUACAUUGUAGGAAAACAUGUACAAAUUAUACUUGUAACAGAUUACUUAGUUCAUCAUUUUACUUUAGUUUAUCACAGAGUCCGAAUAUAGUUAAAUAUAUAGCUAACUCACGCAUUUUUAGGUUAUAACAAAUUUAAUAUAAGGGGUAUUAUUUUAUAUUACAGUGAUGAUUUUAUAUGCACUAUUUUGUAAAUCUUUACAAAAGGCCAGCACGCACAGUAUUUUUUCUUUAAGUAUUCAUGUAUCUAAUAAUAAUUAAAAACUAAGGUUUUUUUUGAUAUUGUACCAGUUUUUAAUUAACAAAAUACAAUAAAUACAUAUUUAUUUAAAUUAUAUCGAAUCACCACUUAAUUAACCAUAAGCAUUUAUAAACAAUUAUUAAUUACAUUGUUUUCACUUAAGAUUUAAUUAUAUAAAUAUAAUUUUGAUAAAAUAUACUCUAGAUACUCAAGAUGUAAUCGUGAAAACAAUUUAAGCGAAAUCUUCAUCGUUUAACAUUUUACCAGAGACUUUCAGCAUAACCAUAAAAUAUUAAACAUUCGAAUAGGGAAUUAAAACAACGCAUAAUAAUCAUGCGGCUCAAUGUCUCUUCUUAUUUUGUCCAACAAUAAUGAUGUAUCAACACGAACGAUAGAAAAACCCUGAUCAUCCGAUCAGCAACAGAACGGCAUCAGCUUCACGAUAACCAUAAGGAAGUGUCGACUAAUCUGCGGCUGAUUGCCAAAUGUACAAAUAAAAUAAUAUUAUUCAUACGAUCUCGACUGUUUAUAUUAUAUACUAACUAUUUUUAGCCGAAAUAAAUGAUAUUUAUUUAAA